AUUGUGUUAUGAUCCAAGCCGCCAUCUUACCCUGCUUGCCGAAGAAGUACCCCAAUUUUUCCGACAUCGCAAAAAUGUAAAGCGGCUUUUAUGUACAAUCCAAGGACCUACAGUAGAUUUUAGACUCUGUGAACGAUGCUGCUUAUCCCUUCGACCGUAGCAAUGUCCACUUGACAAAGAGCUUUGCCGUGUUUGUGUGGAAAUCGUCCCGGUUUCGCUCGCGAUGUCGUCCGACCACAGGCCGGUCCUGCGCACACAGCUCAGACUGGAUGGGAAAUGGCUGAAAACUGAUUUACAGUGUGCGUUCUCCCGAGAUGGUCUGAGUUCGCUGUGGAACGAGCUGGUGAAGGAUGGAGAGGUUACCGUGGGAACGGCAGACACCAUCAUCAACUCUGCAGGGGUGCCCGCCAGGAAGGGAGAGACUGGUAAAUACUACUGUGGGCUGAAGUUGCCAGUUUGCAGCUGCUGUGACGGGCACUGUGGACCAGACAAGGGGUGUAACUGCGCGGCGUGUCAGCGGCUGGACCAGAUGGAUAGGGACCUACUGCAGGAGGAGAGCAGUAAACCGUCUCUGGCACGGACGCUGAUCGAACAGUGGACCUGGGGCAAGCAACCAGAUGUGGGCCAGCUGCGGGAAUGUCUGCAGUCGCUGGUGUAUGAGCAACAACAGCUGUGCUCCCAGGCCGCUGCCACCACGCUGUCCGCGGUGCGUCUGCAACAACGACUGACUGUCCUGCAGCGCUACUUCAUCGCUCUGGCCAGGCACAACCCUGCCGAGAAGGCCGUGGCUCCGAACAAGCAGUCCGCAGCUGUCAUACCUAAAGGAACGAAAAGUGUGCUGAAGCCCCACGAGAAGGCGACCAUGGGUCUGGCUCGGGUCGGCUGCAGAGCGGCGCUGUCCUUCGCCUUCGCCUUCCUGAGACGAGCCUGGAGAACUGGCGACGAUGCAGACCUCUGUACCGAACUGCUGCAGGAGUCUCUGGACGCCCUGCGGACCCUCCCCGAGGCCACCCUGUUCGACGAGUCGAGCGUGUCGUCCGUCUGGCUGGAGGCUGUGGAGAGGGCAACCAAGUUCAUCAGAUCUGUGGUCAUGGGAGACUCAAACGGCGGAGCAGCGGGUGGAAAGACGGGUGGCAGCGGAGGAAACAUCCCCGUGUCGGACCAGCACACGGCCCUGGCGCUACUUUUGGAACUGGCCGUGCAACGCAGCUCGCUGAACCAUCUACUGAGCGCUGUGCUACUGCUGCUGCAGCUCUGGGACAAUGCUAACAAACAGGUGACUGACAACAGGUUUGACUCUAACGGCACCCGGGCGCCGCUGGUUCCACUGCUAUGCCGGUUUCAGGAUAUUCCCACUUCUCGCACACGGACCACGGACGGGGCCAAACUGGAGGAGUCCGGCAUGUCCAUGAGCAUCAGCCCUACGGAGUGCUUCCUGCGGUACAUCACCCUACCUGAGGCGGAGGACACACCUGUGGACCUGAGGCAGACAGCUGUCGUCAUCAUGUCACACCUGGACAGGCUGGCCACGCCCUUCAUGCCUCCUACAUCCACCAACACUGGGCACAAGAUGCCAGGAACAGGCAGUACCCAGGAGGUUCUAGGCUGGGGCUGGCUGGCAUGGACGGGUGCUAACAGCCCAAACAGUAGUGGGCACACAUGUGAGAUGUUGGGGGAACUGUGUAUGCCAGGAACUGGUAGUACCCAGGAGGUUCUAGGCUGGGGGUGGCUGGCAUGGACGGGUGCUAACAGCCCCAACAGCAGUGGGCACACAUGUGAGAUGUUGGGUGAGCUGGGUGUUCUACAGCUGGCCUGUGCCGAGCGGUGUCUGAUCGCUCUCACCAAGACUGGCAGGGUCUACAUGUGCUUCUACAGCUCAGAGAGCCAGGGUCCCCAGCUGAUGGAGAGCCUAGCGGAUAAGGAGGUGCUGAAGGUUGCGGCCCAUCCGGAGGGGAAACACUACAUGGCGCUCACGUCCGAGGGAGAAGUUUACUCCUGGGGCAAUGGGGACGGGGGCAGACUGGGACACGGGGACACAAAUUCCCGCGAAGAACCCACACUGGUGCGAGGGUUGUCGGGGAAACAGCUCGGGAGACACGUGGUGCACAUCGUGUGUGGCAGCACCUACAGCGCAGCCAUCACUGCUGACGGAGAACUCUUCACAUGGGGCAGGGGGAACUAUGGCAGGCUCGGACAUGGGAGCAGUGAGGACCAGCUGACCCCCACCCUCGUGGUGAGCCUGAAGGGUCGACGGGUGAUUGACAUCUGCUGCGGGAGCGGCGACGCCCAGACUCUGGCUGUAACUGAUGAUGGUACGGUAUGGUCCUGGGGAGACGGAGACUAUGGGAAGUUGGGGAGGGGAGGCAGCGACGGCUGUAAGACUCCGAAGAUCAUCGACAGACUGCAGGGCCAGGACAUCGUUAGGGUUUGCUGCGGGGCUCAGUUCUCGCUGGCUCUCACAAAGACUGGACAUAUCUGGACAUGGGGUAAGGGAGACAGCCAGAGACUGGGCCAUGGCACGGAGGAGCAUAUCCGCUUCCCCAAACAACUGGAAGGUCUGAGGGGUAAGAAGGUGGUGGAUGUGGCGGUGGGGUCCAUGCACUGUCUGGUCAUGACAGAGGAGGGAGAGGUAUAUGGCUGGGGCCGCAACGACCAGGGUCAGCUGGGAGACUCUUCCUUCAGCACCAAGUCAGACCCCACUCUGAUGCCGCUGGACGGCAAGUCUAUCAGUGGCAUCUCCUGUGGACCUGCUCAGAGUUUCUGCUGGACGUCAACAGGACACUGGAGUGUUGGUCUGCGGGUGCCGUUUGUGGUGGACGUGUGCCACGGGACGUUCCAACACCUAGACCAGCUGCUGCAGCGCGUGUGCGAGGGGCUGGACGGUCGCAGCGACUGGCCACCACCACAGGAGAAGGAGUGUAUGGCCGUGGCUGGGCUCAACCUGCUCAGGUUGCAGCUCCACGCUGCCAUCACCCAGAACGAGGACCCAGCCAGACUAAAUCUCCAGCCGGGCAGCCCCCUGCUGAACAGCCUGAAGCAGCGUGUGGUGGAGCUGGCCAGUAAUACAGGAGUACUAGGGACGGUACAGACAGCUGCACAGGCUACACUACAGAGUGGCUGGCUCCUACUGCUGCCUACGGCUGAGGAACGGGCCAGGGCGCUGUCAGCACUCUUACCUAGCGAUGCCUCUGGAGACGGAGCGUCCAUGACCCCCGGGCGGAGGUUCAUGAUGGACCUGUUGGUCAGCAGCCUGAUGGCAGACGGAGGGCUGGAGUCUGCUCUCGCUGCAGCCAUCAAGACAGAGAUGCAGGAGAUAGAGGGAAUGAAAGAGAAGGAACUGGAGAGACAUCAAGACGAACGAGAGGAGGACACCUCGGCUACAGCGGGAAAGACGGAAGAAAAGGCCAAGAAGGUGGAAGCUGAUAUCAGGAGAGUGCGGUCGUCUGGGUCCACCAUUCCACUGCUUCAGUUGAUGCAACAGCUGCUUAGGAAUGUUUCCUCCCAGACUCUGAUGAGACUAAAAGAGUUUGCCCACGACGUGAACAGAGUGAACGGGUACCAGUUCUCUGGUGUAGAGGAGAAGGACUCUGAUGAGAUAAGAGUGAACGGGGACCAGAUCACUGGUGUAGAGGAGAAGGGUUAUGAUUAUGUGUUCUGUUGGAAUGUUUCCUCCCAGACCCUCAUGAGACUAAAAGAGUUUGCCCACGACGUGAACCGAGUAAACGGGUACCAGUUCAGCGGUGUGGAUGAGAAGGGUUAUGAUUUACAUGUACUCUGUAUGUUGAAUGUUUCCUCCCAGACUCUGAUGAGACUAAAAGAGUUUGCCCACGACAUGAACAGAGUGAACGGGUACCAGUUCUCCGGUGUGGAGGAGAAGGGUUAUGAUUAUGUCUUUUGUUGGUCUUCAGAACAUUAUGAUUUACUUUCUGUGUUUUCUGUCCACAGGAAUGUUUCCUCCCAGACUCUGAUGAGACUAAAAGAGUUUGCCCACGACGUGAACAGAGUGAACGGGUACCAGUUCAGCGGUGUGGAGGAGAAGGGGAAGUCCCCGUCUCAGGACCUGCUUCUCCGUUUCCAGCGUCUGCUGGUUGGGAAACUCUUCCCCAUGGAGGAGGCCAGGGACAAGGCAGGCGUGGAGGAGAUAGGUGCUGAUGUCCCUGCAGAUCUGGAGUUGCUGGGUGCCGGGUCCCUCCUCAGGAAGUACGUGGCUCUGCUGUGUAUCCAUGUGGCGGACGUGCUUCCUGUGGCCGCUAGCCUCGCAGCCAUCAGUGCCAAGCAUUUCGCUGUGGUGUCCAGCGUCCUAAGUGCAGACCUCUCCGGAGUGCUGCUGCCAGAGCUGGUGGUCUGCAUGGUCCUCCUGCAGACGCAGGCUGCAGAUGUGCUGCAGGAGUCCCGAGCCAUCCAGCCGCUGGGCAGCCUGCUGGAGCUGCUGGACCGGUACAACCGGCUGGCGCCCGGGCUGGAGAGGGACGAUGGAGAGGACCUGGCAUGGCCCGGGGUUCUUGCGCAGCACCCUUCUCUGUUGGAGAGGGACGAUGGGGAGGACCUGGCCUGGCUGGGGGUCCUCGGGACGAUAUCUUACAUCACGGCAGCCACGCGGCCCAACGAAGACGUCCAGCUGAUCCGUAAGGCCGACCUUGAGAACCACAACAAGGACGGGGGGUUGUGGGUCGUCAUCCACGGGAAGGUGUACGACGUGAAGGACUUCCAGCUGCAGGCGCCGUGCGGCAGCGAGAACUUACUGGAAUAUGCUGCUCGAGAUGCCACUGAGGCAUUUGAAGAGGCUCACCACUCCCAGGAGGCUCGGGACAUGAUGCAGGCAUUUUUUGUCGGGGUCUAUGUGGAGCCUGACCAGGACGUAGUCCACCCCAUGGACACCACGACCAUCUCGUCCCCCCUGAUAGACACGGAGCGUGUGCUGGGUCUGCUGAUGGGUCUGAGCGCCAACAGCCAGGCUCUCAGUCUGCCCGUCACCGCCAUGGAGGAAGAAUGUAGCCAGUGGUUCCAGUCGGAGCUCUUCUCUGGGGGGUUACAGUGUUUGCAGCCACCAAACCCAUUCCAAGAGGAGAAGGGCGAGGUGCGGUCCAGUGCCACCACCCCUGCCAGCACGGUCCCCCCUGGGGGUGAGGACAACCCCCUGGGGUUCAGGAGACUGUCCCGUCAGACCUCACAGACGGACCCAGCUAAACCAUUCCUACAGGCAUUAGCAGAGAGCCGUGUCCAGGAGCCCAGUGUGAAGCUGUUCCUCAGCAGUGUGGACCAGUACUGUAAGAGCCACCACUACGUCACACCCAUCCACUUCCCUCAGGACCAUCCUGUGGAGGAGGUUGGAAGACUACUGUUAGCCUGCCUUCUGAAGCACCUAGACCUGGGCCAUGCUGUCCUGACCUUCCUGGAGCAUCAGGCUUGCUCAUCAGACAGGCAGAUUCACACAGCUGAGGACACCCCUGUAGAACCCCCUUUAGAACAGACCACUGUAGAACAAACCCCUGCAGCACAAACCACUGCAGCACAGACUCCUGCAGCACAACAGGCUGAGCUGCCCAACUCUAUAGGAGACGUGUGUCAGGCUGUGUACCGUGCCAAAUGUUCCCUGAUUAAAGCUCACCAGGAUCUUGGCAGAUCCUACAAGGAGGUGUGUGCCCCCAUGAUAGAGAGAUGUCUGUUCCUGUUUAACGAGCUGCGCCCGGCAGUCGCGAACGAGCUGUCUCUGGUGCGGAGACUGAAGGUGCUCGCCACGCACACCAGAUGGAGAGCGUUUGUGCAGACAAUGAUUGAAGACAAGAGGAAGGAGAAGCAAGAAGCUGCUGCUGCUGCAGAGCUGGCUGCAGUGGCCCUGCAGCUGGAGGAGAAACAAGAGGCUGCAGUACUGCAGGAAACAAAGGAAGUUCAGGAGGAUGUUGGUAAGGAUGAUGAGGUGGAGGCAGAAGAGACAGGGCAGGGAGAUGGGAAGGCAGACGGAGAGGCUCGAGAGGAGAAGGAGCAGGAGGACGACCCUGAAGACGUGGUCAGAGAAGUCGCCAAGUUCAAGGCUAAGGAAUCCUGGGACAUGAUUCUGACAGCCAUCACGAGCGCCCGUAACUUCAAGUGGCUGAGACAGAGACUGACCGGAACCCGCUCGCACGCCGCGCUCAUGAACAAGAUCACCGAGUUCGUGCUGAAGGACGGACCCAUCGACGUGGAGAAACUGAGGAAAGCACUGCACAGACAGGUGGAGAGAGCGAGGUUGAGACUAAAAGGUGCGGAUGCGAUGCUGGAGCUGUUGUCGAAGGACUACCUGAUCCCGUCAGUGCGGUACCAGGUGCUGUGUGGCUGGCAGGGCCUGCAGUUCUCCACCAAGAGAAUCAGCGAUCCCCUUCCCCACUGCCUGGACAACGCGUCCCUCAUCCCUCCCAAUGAUCGCGUCUCCUUGGAGAUCGCCUUCGGGAGGCUGAACGAGUGGUCCAUCUCCACGCUGCGGGACGCUGUGCUCCACGCCGACCACAACUACAAGAUGUCCGCACAGGGAGCGGGGCCAGGGGCCGAGACAUUCAGUCUGGGCAUUCUUCCACAGGCCCGGUUCCUACUGGCAACCCUGGGUAUGCUGACGAUGCCACACCAGGCCACGGGGGUGAGCCAGCUGCUGAACAGGGGAGCUCUGGCACUCACACAGACCAUCAUGAGACUAGCAGGUCCCGACUCCCUGCAGGCUAGCGAGGAUCCCAGCUGUAACAACGUUGCUGCAGUGUUUGAGGAGAGCCGCAGCAAGCCACAGCCCCCUCCUGUGCCCAUCAGCGGGCCCGAGCUGGCCGCACUCAUGAAGCCGGGGGUCAGGGUGGUCAGGGGCGUGGACUGGAAAUGGGGAGACCAGGAUGGCCCACCCCCUGGUGAAGGGCGAGUGAUCGGAGACCUUGGUGAGGAUGGGUGGAUCCGUGUGCAGUGGGACACCGGCAGCACCAACUCCUACCGCAUGGGCAAGGAGGGCAAGUACGACCUGAAGCUGGCGGAACCUCCUCCACUCCUGGAGAAGGAGGAGGAGGAGGAGACAGACAUUGUUCCAGAUUCCAAGAACGCCAAGGACGACAGCACUCACCCGACAUCGCUGAUCCGGCGCGCCUGCUCGUCUCUUCUGCGAACACUGACCAUCUGCAUGGGCGUGCACGCAGAAAUCGUGCAGCGGGAGGCCGUCAGGACCGUGUGCGAGCUGCUCAGGGUGCUGGUGGAGAGCGGGGCCAUCGGGGAACAAAGUGCCCAGUCCAACAGUGGCACGAUCGCCUGCCUGCAGCACAGGGACUGGGCCACGCUGGGUUUCAUUCGCAGCAUCGCUACGUCACCCACCGUCUGCCACGCCCUCAGCACGCCGCAGUGGAUCGACCUACUGCUCAGGAUUGUAGGGGAGCAGCCUCUCAAUACAGCACUUACUAGACAGGUCCUGUGCCUGAGACUGCUCCACUCUGUCCUGCCGUCCUGGGAGCUGAGUCAGCAGGGCCAGCAGAUGAACAACAUCAUCAACCAGCUCUUCAGCCUGCUGGGCAGCGUGCUGAUGCAGUGUAAUGCUGACCCCGUCCUGCAAGCUAUAGACACUUGUAAGAAGAAGAAGAGUCCCCGGCCCAAGGUGGCCCUGACGUGCUCUCACAGCAGCACUGUAGCCGAGGAGCUGGUCUCGCUACUCCGAACGCUCCACGGCAUUGACUCCUGGAACAGGCUCAUAAAUGACUACAUCAGCAGUAACCUCAGCGUCAUCGCAGACAUCGUCAGCAACAAACCAAAACCACUACAGAUGUCUGAGAUGGAGGGUCAGGUGACCAUCAGCCAAACAGGAGCCGUCCUGGCCGUCCUCGCCGUGAUUGGCUCGGUGGACUCCAGAGUGAGGCUGGGCGGGCUGGUGCGGCACGACGAGUGGGGCGUGGGGACGGUGUCGGGUAUCCGUCAGAACGGGAAAAUCGUGGUGCAGUUCCACGACCUCAAGGCCGCGAAACUCUGCAAGCUGGCAAACCUCUGCAAGGUGAAUGAAGUGUGCUUCAGUGUGGACAAGCUGCCCAUGACCGACGCCAUCCUCAACACCUGGGGCUCCCUGGUUAGCUUGGCCACCGCAGGCUUCAAGCCAGACAGGGAGGGGGGCUGCCAGUCCAGAACUGGGACAGCGGACAAGACCAGAGAAGGCUUCAAGCCAGACAGGGAGGGGGGCCUCCAAUCUAGGACUGGGACAGCGGACAAGACAAGAGAAGAUGUCAUCAACAGAACAUUACUAAGGAAACAGCAGGUCCGGUUGGGGCUCCUGAAGGCGUCCGGCGUGUUAUUCCACCAGCAGAAGAACCUGCGUCGGAUCCUGGCCCUGGUCUCGACGCUCGACACCGCUCCGGCCGACCCCGGGUCAGAGGAGGAGGGCCUUCCCAAGGAGACUGUGACCUUAAUGCAGCAGCUGAUGUCUGCUGCCACCCAGCCCUCCCCUGUCAAAGCCAUAUUUGCAAGACAGGAGCUAGAGGCCGCUGCCUUAGCCGUGUGCCAGCACCUGGCGGCAGAAGUCAGCCGACCCUGCGCCCUCCCCCCUCCCAUCUCCAACUCCAACGUCACCAACAACUCCAACACCUCCCCCAACACCACUAUCAGCAACAUCCUCAGCACCUCCCCAAAGGAGCGCGCCAAGACUCCCCCCGUCAUACCCUCCAAGCAGCACCAAAAGCAGAAGAAGACGAGAAAGUCCAGCCCCCCUCCCCCAGUGCCGGUCGUCCAGCAGCUGAUCGAGAUGGGUUUUCCGCGGAAGAACGUCGAGUUUGCGCUGAAGUCACUGAGUGAGUCGGACGCUCCCAGCUCCGCUGCCCUGUCUACAGUCGGGGAAGGAUGCAGACAAAGCUCGACAUCCUCAGGUGAGACACCAGCUGCAGAGGCCUUGGUCAGCUGGCUGCUGGAGCACCCUGACAUACAGGUGCCAGACCUGUCUGAUGAGGAUGCGGGGAGUCUGUCGUCGGGGGAGAUCGUCUCUGAGUCAGAGUCGGAAGCUGAGGAACUGGAGGAUUUAGAGGCCUAUGGCAUCACAGACUCCAGGAGUUUUAAGAAGCGGUCAGACUUCCUGAGUAACGAUGACUACGCGCUGUACGUGCGGGACCACAUCCAGGUGGGGAUGAUGGUGCGCUGCUGCAGGACGUACGAGGAGGUACACGAAGGGGACAUCGGACGGGUCGUCAAGUUGGACCGAGACGGCCUCCAUGAUCUGAAUGUGCAGGCCGACUGGCAGCUGAAGGGAGGGACGUACUGGGUCCGGUACAUCCACGUGGAACUGUUGGGGCAUUCCAGUAACCCAGCCCCAGGCAGUGCAGUGAAGGUGGGAGACAAGGUGCGUGUGAAGCGCUCCGUCACCACGCCCAAGUACAAGUGGGGCUCUGUCACCCACAACAGCAUCGGGGUCGUCACAGCCUUCAGUUCGAACGGUAAGGACGUGACAGUAGACUUCCCCGAGCAGUCCCAUUGGACAGGCCUGGUCUCAGAGAUGGAACUUGUGCCUAGCAGCCAUCCUGGGGUCACGUGUGAUGGCUGCCAGAUGUUCCCUAUUAACGGCCCCCGUUUCCAGUGCAAGACCUGCGACGACUUUGACUACUGCGAGAACUGCUUCAAGACCAAGAAACACCACAGACAUCCCUUUGUCAGGAUCACAGAGCCAGGAGCCAGUCCAGUGCCAGCAGGGCGACCAGGGAAGUACCACAAGAAGGGAACCAACCUGACGGGGACGCUGGUGGACGAGUGGUCCCGCUGCGUCCGCAACCUGACCGUGUCCUCGCGGGAGAACCAGGCCUCGCGACUCAUCGACGGGAGGGGGUCGUACUGGCAGUCCAGCGGCUCGCAGGGGAAACAUUGGAUCCGAUUGGAGCUGCAGCCGGACAUCAUUGUACACCGCCUGCGCAUGCAGGUGGACCCUGCAGACAGCUCUUACAUGCCGAGCCUGGUGGUCAUCUCCGGCGGAGACCUCCUCUCCAACCUCAAGGAGGUCCGCACAGUCCAUGUCAGCGCCACGGACACUCUGGUCACCCUGCUGCAGGACGUCACAGAGUAUUACAGAUUCCUCGAGAUUUCUAUCAAACAAUGCCGGAGUUCUGGUAUAGACUGUAAGAUCCACGGCCUGUCUGUGGUCGGUCGGAUUCGCGCCGACGACGAAGACAUCGCCGCCAACAUCUCCUUCCUGGCCUCGGACAAUGAAGAGGAGGAGGAGGAGGAAGAAGUGGAGGAUGAGAGGAGCAAUGGACCGAGGGGGAAGCGGGCGGGGAGCAUCAGUAACGUGGGAGAUAUACAGACCAAAGUGUUCGCCUGGGGGCUGAAUGAUAAGGACCAGUUGGGAGGUCCUAGAGGCUCAAAGAUUAAGACUCCUGUCAUGAAUGAGUUUAUGUCAUCACUCAAGUGUGUGCACAUUGCUGGAGGGUCCAAGAGCCUCUUCAUGGUCACUGCGGAGGGUAAGGUCUACGCCUGCGGAGAAGCGACCAAUGGCAGACUAGGGCUGGGCAUCUCCACGGGAACGGUGUCCGUCCCCCGACAGUUGUCGUCCCUCAGCCAGUAUGUGGUCAGGAAAGUGUCUGUCCACUCAGGUGGCCGCCAUGCCAUGGCUCUGACGGUGGACGGAAAAGUCUUCUCCUGGGGGGAGGGAGACGACGGCAAGCUGGGACACUUCAGUCGGAUGAACUGUGACAAGCCCAGACUGAUUGAGGCUCUGAAAUCCAAGCGUGUGCGAGACAUCGCCUGCGGCAGUUCUCACAGCGCAGCGGUUACCUCCAACGGAGAGCUCUACACCUGGGGACUGGGGGAAUAUGGGCGGCUGGGCCAUGGGGACAACACCACACAGCUCAGGCCCAAACAGGUAAAAUCGUUGGCCGGCCAGAGAGUUAUCCAGGUCGCCUGUGGCAGCCGUGACGCCCAGACCCUGGCGCUGACGGACGAGGGGAACGUGUACUCCUGGGGGGACGGAGACUUCGGGAAGCUUGGGCGGGGAGGCAGCGAGGGGUGCAACCAGCCCCACCCCGUGGAGCGGCUGGGAGGUCAGGGGGUCAUCCAGAUUGAGUGUGGGGCGCAGUUCUCCCUGGCACUCACCAAAGCUGGCCAAGUCUGGACAUGGGGAAAAGGAGACUACUUCAGGCUGGGCCACGGCAGUGAUGCGCACGUGAGGAAGCCCCAGAUCGUGGAGGGACUGAGGGGGAAGAAGGUGAUCCAUGUGGCUGUGGGGGCGCUGCACUGUCUGGCCGUCACAGACACUGGACAGGUGUUUGCGUGGGGAGACAACGACCACGGUCAGCAGGGGAACGGCACCACCACCGUGAACCGGCGCCCGUCCCUGGUGCAGGGGCUGGAGGGGGUAAAGGUCACCAGGGUCGCGUGCGGGUCGUCUCACAGCGUCGCCUGGACGACCACGGACUCGGCGGUCCCGUCCCGACACGAGCCCGUCCUGUUCACCAUGUCCAGGGACCCCCUGGGGGCGUCGGCUCUCGGUGUGGAGCCUGAGACAGAUAACAUGGGUGCGAGCUCUACCAGCCAGCUUCCCUCCAAACCUCAUCGACCUUCCCUCGCCAGGAUCGUACUCUCCCUGGAGACCAACGUUGCUAAGCAACAGGCUCUGGGGCACAUCCUGUCCGCUCUGCAGAUCAUCUAUGCAAGGGAGGCACAGGUGAGUGCCCUGGCUGUGCCUGAGUCCUAUGCUGUUAAGGAUAACUCCCAGGAACAGCCCGAGAGUCUGGAAGAAACCAAGCCAGAGAAGACACAGGAAGUGUCCGUGGAAGACAUCGACAUUAGCAUAUCCAAGGAGGAGCCCAAGCACCCCCCUCUGUCUGGAAGUGGUAGCAUCCCAGCUCUCAGUGCUUCUGCCUAUGUGGCAGAAGCCAUUACAUCUACGGAGGAGGUGACCAGUGGUUCGGACCAGGACCCGGCCCCUCCUGUCGCUGACCUGGAUGAGUUCACGGGGAAGCUGAGCGCCGACGACGCCCGAGUUCUCGUGGACCUCCUGAAGUUGGCGGUGGCGGGGCGGGCGGGCGAGUCUGGAAAGGAAGCCAUCUCCGCUGUCCUCACAGCCAUGGGCAAGUUCAACCCUCAGGUGGCUGAGAUGUUGCUGGAGCUAUGUGUGACUGAGCUGGAGGACGUGGCAUCAGACACGGAGGCCAACAGGAACGCCAUGCAGCCCGUGGUACAGGAGAGCCCACACCCGUACGGGGACGAUACUUCCAUCAGUGGGCAUGUUAGGAUCGCAGGUGCGGAGGCGCUGCGUGUAGAGUUUGACCGCCAGUGCUCCACGGAGAGAAGACACGACCCCCUCACAAUCAUGGACGGAGCCAACAGGGUGGUGUCCGUUAGAUCAGGCCGCGAGUGGAGCGACUGGUCGUCUGAGCUGAGAAUAGCAGGUGACGAGCUGAAGUGGAAGUUCACAAGCGACGGUUCUGUGAACGGCUGGGGAUGGAGGUUCACUGUCUUCCCCAUCAUGCCUGCCGCAGCACCUAAGGACCUUCUGUCGGACAGAUCGGUCCUGUCCCGACCUUCCAUUGACCUUGUGACCUGCCUGCUGGACUUCCGGCUGGACGCCAACUGUGUCCGCAGUAUCGUGCCUCGGCUGGCCGCGGCGCUCGCUGCCUGCGCACAGCUCAGCUGUCUAGUUGCCAGCCAGCGAAUGUGGGCCCUGCAGCGUCUGCGGAAGCUUCUCCGAUCGGGGAUGGGUCCGGUACUGAACGUGGAUGCUUUGCUGGGAGAGGGCGAUGAGGAACAGUCCAGGGUCAGUCUUCUAGGAGGGACCCUGGCCUCUCUAGUGAAAGGCCUGCCUGAGAUGCUGCUGAGGCAGUACGAGUAUGAGGAUCCCAUCGUCAGGGGAGGCAAACACCUGCUGCACAGUUCCUUCUUCAUGGAGCUGGUAGCGCUCGCCUGUGAGCUGGGGCUGGACUGCCUGCCCUGCUGCUCCGAGACGCACAAGUGGGCGUGGUUCCGGCGCUACUGCAUCGCCUCUCGUGUGGCGCAAGCCUUGGAGAGAAGGGACACCUUCCCACAGCCAUUCUUUGACGAGGUGAUGAAGAAAGUGAAAGAGAUCAGCGGGGACGGGGAGGUCAAUGACCUAUCCAGAGAACACGAGGACAACCAGGUGUUCCAUCAGGAGCACGACGAGCAGCUCCUCCAGUGGCUGAGCCGUCGCCCGGACGACUGGACGCUGUCCUGGGGUGGCAGCGGGCAGAUCUGGGGCUGGGGUCACAACCACAGGGGUCAGCUGGGCGGGGUUGAGGGGGCAAAGGUCAAACUGCCAACCCCCUGCGAUGCCCUGGCGGCCUUGAGGCCGGUACAGCUAAUCGGGGGAGAGCAGACACUGUUCGCGGUAACUGCUGAUGGAAAGGUGUAUGCCACAGGUUAUGGCGCAGGAGGGAGACUGGGAAUCGGAGGCACGGAGUCAGUGUCCAGCCCCACACUGCUGGAGUCCAUACAGCACGUCCACAUCAAGAAGGUGGCAGUGAACUCUGGCGGGAAGCACUGCCUGGCGCUGUCGUCGGAGGGAGAGGUGUUCUCCUGGGGGGAGGCUGAGGACGGCAAGCUGGGGCAUGGCAACAGGAACUCCUGCGACCGUCCCCGUGUGAUCGAGUCGCUGCGAGGGAAGGAGGUGGUGGACAUCGCCGCAGGGGGUGCGCACAGUGCCUGUAUCACCUCCACAGGGGAGCUGUUCACUUGGGGGAAGGGCCGGUAUGGUAGACUGGGCCAUGGAGACAGCGAGGACCAGAUGAAACCAAAACUGGUUGAGGCGCUGAAAGGCGUCAGAGUGAUCGACGUGGCGUGCGGCAGCGGGGACGCGCAGACGCUGUGCAUCACCGACGACGACUCCGUCUGGUCCUGGGGAGACGGGGACUACGGCAAGCUGGGAAGGGGCGGCAGCGACGGGUGCAAGAUUCCGCAGAAGGUGGAGGCUCUGAUCGGUCAAGGCGUGGUCAAGGUCGAGUGCGGGUCGCAGUUCUCUGUGGCGCUCACCAAGUCCGGAUGCGUCUACACAUGGGGUAAGGGAGACUACCAUCGACUGGGACACGGCUCGGACGAUCACGUGAGGAGACCACGUAAGGUAGCGGCACUUCAGGGAAAAAAUGUCAUCAGCAUCGCCACAGGCUCCCUGCACUGCGUGGCCUGCACAGACCAAGGUGAGGUGUUCACCUGGGGGGACAAUGACGAGGGACAGCUGGGAGACGGGUCCACUAGCGCCAUCCCUCGGCCCAGGCUAGUGGCUGCACUCCAGGGGAAAAAGAUCAACAGAGUGGCAUGUGGCUCUGCCCACAGCCUUGCCUGGUCCACCUCCAAGCCUGUGAACGCCGGCAAGCUGCCGGUCCAGGUCCCUAUGGAGUACAACCACCUGCAGAACAUCACCAUGCCGGUCCUACGAAACCGCCUGGUCCUUUUACACCACUUCUCCGACCUCUUCUGCCCGUCCAUCCCCAUGUUCGACCUCCUGAGGGGGAAGCUGGCGGACGAGAACGGGAGCAAGCCUCUGGUGGGGCUGGACACGCUGCGGGGGGUCCUGGUGUCGUCCGGGAAGGAGGCGGCGUUCAGGAAGGUGGUUCAGGCCACCAUGGUGCGGGACCGCCAGCACGGACCAGUCAUAGAGCUGAACAGGAUACAGGUGAAGCGCUCGAGGAGUAAAGGCGGUCUGGCCGGUCCUGACGGGAUCAAGUCUGUGUUCGGCCAGAUGUGCUCCAAGAUGGCGUCCUUCACGCCGGACAGUCUGCUGCUGCCCCACAGGGUCUGGAAGGUCAAGUUCAUAGGAGAGAGUGUGGAUGACUGCGGGGGAGGGUACAGCGAGUCCAUCGCUGAGAUGUGCGACGAACUGCAGAACGGCUCCACUCCCCUCAUGUGCCUCACACCCAACGGUCGCGAGGAGUCAGGCGCCAACCGGGACUGCUUCAUCCUCAACCCACACGCUAAGGGACCCACGCACAUGAACAUGUUCAGGUUCCUAGGUAUCCUAAUGGGGAUAGCCAUCCGUACCGGCAGCCCUCUCAGCCUGAACCUGGCGGAGCCGGUGUGGAAACAGCUGGCAGGGAUGCCGCUCACCGUCACCGACCUGACUGAGAUAGACAAGGACUAUGUGCCAGGGCUGAUGUACAUCCGAGACAUGGAGAAGGACAGCGAGGCGUUUGACAACCCCCCCAUGCCCUUCAGCACGUCCAGCGCGUCAGGCGACGAGGUGAAGCUGAGCCCGAAGUACUCCACCAUCACCCCCGACAACCGACAGGAGUACGUACGGCUGGCGCUCAACUACAGACUGCAUGAGUUUGAGCAGCAGGUGGCAGCUGUGAGGGAGGGCAUGGCCAGAGUCAUCCCUGUCCCCCUCCUCUCGCUCUUCACUGGGUACGAGCUGGAGACUAUGGUUUGUGGCAGCCCUGACAUCCCGCUGUACAACCUGAAGUCGGUGGCGACCUACAAGGGGAUCGACGCCAACGCGCCGCUGGUCAGGUGGUUCUGGGAGGUCAUGGAAGAGUUCUCCAAUCAGGAGCGCUCGCUCUUCCUCCGCUUUGUCUGGGGACGGACGCGCCUGCCCAGGACGAUCGCCGACUUCAGGGGCCGAGACUUUGUGCUUCAGGUUCUAGAUAAGUACAACCCACCUGACCACUUCCUGCCGGAGUCCUACACCUGCUUCUUCCUACUGAAGAUGCCCAGAUACUCCUGCAAGCCUGUGCUCAGGGAGAAACUAAAAUAUGCCAUACACUUCUGCAAGUCCAUCGACACCGAUGACUACGCUCGCAUCGCUCUAACUGGGGAGACCGUCGCCGAGGAAACAAGUGAGGAGUCGGAAGACGACGAUAUGGACAGCAUCGACUCUGAUUCCGAACCUGUUGAGUCCUCUGAAGACGAAUAAGCCUCCUCCCUGCACCCUCAUUUGUGUAGUGGUACCACCCAGAUGUCUGUCAGUUCAGUCUGGUAUAGGCUCAUCCAUUUUGCUAAUAGGGGAGUUUAAAGCAGUAUACUCCUCUGAAGACACACAAGUCUGGAAUUUCCAGACAACCCCCCAUCUGUGCAUUGGUAUCACCCAGACAUUUGUCAAUGCAUUUCUGUAAUGUGUAUAGGACUCAUCCAUUUAAUGAAUAUAGGGGAAUUCAAAGCAUUUGACUCCUCUGAAGACACACAAGUCUGAAGUUUUUUCAGAGCAUCCCCAUCUGUGUAGUGGUAUCACCCAGACAUGUGGGAGUACAUUUCUGUAUAGGAUUCUUCCAUUUCAUUCAUAGGGGAGAAAAUGCCAGUAGUACAUACUAGUCUAAGUCUUCUCAGAAAUUAGUUUAAGAGAAAGCAAUGCUGUAUCUUGUACAUUGAAAAUCUUUUUUUCGUUUAUGAGCUAAUAAGUAAGGUGAUGCUUAUAUGUGGGAUUGUGUAUAGAAUUAGGAGAAAUCAUGAGAAAAAGAAUUCCAACCUUCUUUACUUAAUCCUGUGGCUGUUAAGUUAUAGCUUUUUUUUACUGCAGUUCAGAAAGCCGGAAACAAUACCAGUAUUUUGUGCAGAGUGGUGCAGUAUGAAAUGUUGCAUGAUGGUCUACAAAAUGUCUGAAAAGUGGACUCCUUUUUUCAUAUUGAAAUUAUUAAUAGUAGAGAUUGGGCAAAGAAGAUCUAGGUGGAAAAAAAAUUAAAAAAUAUUGUCAGAUUUAUGAAGAAGUGAAAACAAAGAGAUAUUAAAAGUUAAAGCAUUAAGUAUAUAGUAAGAAAAGAGGACCGGACAGUGAAAAGAAUUCUGUAUGAUAUAAAAGAAUAUAAGUUGCAACAAAUGGCAAUACUUUGACUAGAAUGCAGUUAUGUAUAGAUGAACUGCGGGGUUGCGAUAUGGUGAAUCGUAAGGCAAGGGGAUAUGACCACAAUGAUACGUGAUACAGAAUACAAAUGUAUGUUCCCUGCCCAUUCUUGGUUUGUCACCAGUGGAAGAUGGUGUGCAUCGUGUUAACAUCAUUAAAGAACAGACAAACUAGA